CAUGGAGCGAGCAGAAGGCUGCAGCACAGAGCUUGCCAAGGCCAUCCGACCCAUUGACCGGAAGUCAGUCCACCAGAUUUGCUCUGGGCAGGUGGUGCUGAGCCUCAGUACGGCCGUGAAGGAGCUGAUAGAAAACAGCGUGGACGCAGGCGCCACCAACAUCGAGCUAAGACUGAAAGACUACGGGGUGGAGCUCAUUGAAGUUUCAGACAACGGAUGUGGAGUGGAAGAAGAAAACUUCGAAGGCCUGACCCUGAAGCACCACACUUCUAAGAUUCAAGACUUCGCUGACCUCACACACGUCACGACUUUUGGCUUCCGGGGGGAAGCUCUGAGCUCGCUCUGCGCCCUGAGUGACGUGAGCAUCUCUACCCGCCACUCGUCAGCGCAGGUUGGCACCCGCCUGGUAUUCGACCGCAAUGGCAAAAUCCUCCAGAAAACCCCCUGUCCACGACCCCAAGGGACCACGGUCAGCGUGCAGCAGCUGUUCUAUCCGUUGCCUGUGCGCCACAAGGAAUUUCAGAGGAAUAUUAAGAAGGAGUAUGCCAAAAUGGUCCAGGUGCUGCACGCGUACUGCAUCAUUUCAACGGGCGUCCGUGUCAGCUGCACCAACCAGCUGGGACAAGGCAAGCGACAGCCUGUGGCGAGCACCAGUGGCAGCUGCAGCGUGAAGGAGAACAUCGCGUCUGUGUUCGGGCAGAAGCAGUUACAAAGCCUCCUGCCCUUCGUGCAGCGGCCCCCCAGCAACCCCGUGUGUGAGGAGUACGGCCUCAGCUGCUCUGAGACGCUGCACAACCUCUUCCAUAUCUCAGGUUUCAUAUCGCAGUGCACCCACGGUGCGGGAAGGAGCUCAACCGACAGACAGUUUUUCUUCAUCAACCGACGGCCUUGUGACCCAGCCAAGGUCUCCAGGCUCGUGAACGAGGUGUACCACAUGUACAACCGGCACCAGCAUCCGUUCGUCGUUCUGAACAUUGCUGUUGACGCAGAAUGUGUCGACGUGAAUGUGACCCCAGAUAAAAGACAGAUCUUACUGCAAGAGGAGAAGCUUCUGUUGGCAAUCUUGAAGACCUCUUUGAUGGGGAUGUUCGACGGGGACGUGAACAAAGUCGCUGUCAGCCAGCAGCCUCUGUUGGAUAUUGAAGGCAACUUCAUAAAAGCGCACACGGUGGACAUGGAGAGACCUGGCCCAGAGAAGCAGGCCAGCUGCCCCUCGGCCAGCACUCCGGGCGGGGAGCAGAGGAGGGCAGUGUCUGUCUCCAGGCUGAGAGAGGCCUUCUCGCUCCGUUCGGUGUCUCAGAGCCCAGAGCCUCCUGCGCCUGGGCGGGCCUCCCCAGUGCGCGGCAGGGCAGUGGUGUCAUGCAAGGCCUCAGGCCCCAGCCCUCUCCCUGGCUCUGUCACUCUCAGAGGCGAGCAGGACCCUCGGGUGGAGGCUGUGAGUCCCAGCAAGAGUGCCUGUCGCCCUGUGGGUGAGGCAGGCAGGGAGGAGGCCUUGGGGCCUAGCAGCACCCCAGCUGACUCUGAGAGCAGGCUCAGCAGCCCGGACUGUGCAGCAGGGUCCCUGGAAGACCGACUGUCCCAGGAAACUGUGUCACAGCCCACAGAGGCCUCAGAGUCUCACGAGAAGUGCCACGAACAACGAAAACGCCUCCGAGUCCCAUCUGCACCUGCUGGCCUCUCGUCCCCAAGCGCCAAGCGUGGGAAGCUGGACGGUGCUUCCUUGUGCGGGGGCACUCGGGAUGGACCGGUGGCUCAGCCUGACGUGGCUGUGAGCAUCCGGAAACGUGUCGUCCCCCUGGACUUCUCCAUGAGCUCCUUGGCUGAGCGGGUGAGGCGCUUGCUGCAGCAGGAACCGUCGAGUCGAGGCGAAGCCGGCUACCGGAGGUUCCGCGCCAGGAUCUGCCCCGGGGAGAACCAGGCAGCCGAGGAGGAGCUGAGGAAGGAGAUCAGUAAAACGAUGUUUGCGGAGAUGGAAAUCAUCGGUCAGUUCAACUUAGGGUUCAUCAUCACCAGACUGAAGGAGGACCUCUUCAUAGUGGACCAGCACGCCACGGACGAGAAGUACAACUUCGAGAUGCUACAGCAGCACACGGUGCUCCAGGGCCAGCGGCUCAUAGCGCCGCAGCCUCUGCACCUGACCGCUGUCAACGAGGCCAUUCUCCUUGAGAACCUGGACAUCUUCCGCAAGAACGGCUUUGAGUUCGUGAUCGAUGAAGGCGCUCCGGUCACCCAAAGGGCUAAGCUGGUGUCUCUGCCGACCAGUAAGAACUGGACCUUCGGGCCGCAGGACAUAGACGAGCUGCUCUUCAUGCUGGGCGACAGCCCCGGGGUCAUGUGUCGGCCGUCGCGCGUCCGCCAGAUGUUUGCCUCCAGAGCCUGCCGCAAGUCUGUGAUGAUUGGCACUGCGCUGAGUACCAGCGAGAUGAAGCAGCUGGUCACCCGCAUGGGCGAGAUGGAGCACCCCUGGAACUGUCCCCACGGAAGGCCCACGCUGCGGCAUGUCGCCAACCUGGCCGUCCUUUCUCAGCAGUGACCCCUGCGUCUUGUCCCAACGCGGGGACUCUGCCGUCGGCGCAGGCAGGCUCCCGCUGGCCUUUGUGCUGUCUGAACUCUAACCUGCGCCUCGACGUCCCUCUGCCACCUCAAAGUGGCUCGAGAGACUUCUCCCAGCACUGGGCCUUGGUCACGUGGAAUCCACGGUGCCUGUGCGUGUGUGUCUGCACAUGUGCACACGUGCAUAUCCCGUUGUUUGGGCUUGUGUCCACGUGUGUGUAUAUAUGCUUUCAUGUGUGUGUGUGGUGUACAGACAAGAGCGUGUUUUACAUAAGCAGGAAGAGCACUUACUGGCUUCAUUCCAUGAAUGUGAGAUUGUGGGCUUUGGCAGUGAGUGGUUCUCAACUCUGCGUCUCGUCUGGUUUUAACAAGUGAUCCAGGGAUUGCUGGGCCCAGGAGAAGCCAGGGAGCCAGGCCCUCGCGCUCUCAGUGUUCCCUGGGGUGGGGACAAGCCGCGACUGUGCUCUUCGCGGACCCUCAUGCGGGGGCUUGGUUUUCCUUGGGGUGUGAAGCUCAGAGCAAGCUUUUCUGGAAUCUCCUUCCAUCUGAGCUGUGUGCGGCACCUGUGGGUCCCAGUGGCUCGCCCCACAGACCCGAGGGUGUGGUCCAGCUCUGCCCUCGCUGCUCCAGCUGCAGGCCUCCUGCUCCUGGGAGAGUAGGUCUCCAUUUCCUGGGUGGCACUCCUCGGGUGCCCCGAGUCGUCCACUGUCAGUCCCUCUGCUGGUGUUGGGGGGGAGGGUGGUUUACUGAGCCUCGCUGGGACUUCUGUGGGAGCUGGCCCUCGUGGAGUGAGCUGUGUCCACAUCCCCAGGAGCUGUGACCCUAUCUGCUUGCACGGUAGAGGAGUCUCUGCAGACACGUUGGGGACCUAGAACUCGAGCUGGAGGAAGGCACUGCUGGCCACAGCGUGGCUGAAGCCAGGAAGAGCCAGGGAACAGACUCCUUGGCGCCUCGGAGGGGGACCGCCCUGUUAGACUGAUUCACAGAACUGCGUGGUAAUAAACAGGUCGCUUCUCUCCACU